AUGCUCAAGCAGGAUUCAAGAAAUGCAUUUCUGAAUACACCCACAGAGCCAUUCGUCAAGAUCGGAGAUAGUUAUUAAUUUAUUAAAAGUACGCGUAAAACCAACUGGUAUGAUGCCUUCGAGGCUUGUCCCGAAAUGAACGCUGACUUUAUCGCAUUUGAAGACUCGAAGGAACUGAAACUGGUAUCUCAAUACCUUGUUAAUAAGAAAAUUUAUAUGAUUUAUUGGACUGCUGGCACCGACUUGGCCAAGCAGGACUAUUUUGUUUGGAUUUCUACUGGUCAGCCCGUAUCUUGGAAUUUGUGGCGUAAAGGAGAGCCUAAUAAUAAUAAAAAAGAGGAGCACUGCGUUGAAUACAAACCCUUACAACCCAAAAAACAGUUUCAUUUAUUGUGUGACUGA